GGCGGCCGGAGCGGGGCUGAGGCGGCGGCGGCGGCGGCGGCGGCACCACCACAGGAGGGCGGCGGCGGCGGCGGCCGCGACCCCGGCACCGGCCCCGCUUGGGGGGGUCCCGGCCCCGGUCCCUCACAGCCCAGCGCCCCCCCACCCCCCACCCCAGGCUCCUUUCGGUCCCCGUCGUCGUCCCCCCACCCCCCCACCCCUCUUUCACCGACGGGAGCGGCGGCGGCGGCGCUGACAGCCCGCCCGGAGCCCCGGGGGCGGCGGCCACCAUGUCGUCCCCCAGCCCGGGCAAGCGGCGGAUGGACACCGACGUGGUCAAGCUUAUUGAGAGCAAACACGAAGUCACAAUCCUAGGAGGACUCAACGAAUUUGUUGUGAAGUUUUACGGACCACAAGGAACACCAUAUGAAGGUGGAGUAUGGAAAGUUAGAGUCGACCUUCCUGAUAAAUACCCUUUCAAAUCCCCGUCUAUAGGAUUCAUGAAUAAAAUUUUCCAUCCUAACAUCGAUGAAGCGUCAGGAACUGUAUGUCUAGAUGUAAUCAAUCAAACUUGGACGGCUCUCUAUGAUCUCACCAAUAUAUUUGAAUCGUUCCUGCCCCAGCUGCUGGCCUAUCCUAACCCCAUAGAUCCUCUAAAUGGCGACGCUGCAGCCAUGUACCUCCACCGACCAGAAGAGUACAAACAGAAAAUUAAAGAAUACAUUCAGAAAUAUGCAACAGAAGAAGCACUAAAAGAACAGGAAGAAGGCACCGGGGACAGCUCAUCCGAGAGCUCCAUGUCCGACUUCUCGGAAGACGAGGCUCAGGAUAUGGAGUUGUAGUAGAAGAGGCAACCUGCUUUUCAGAGAGACUCUAAUUUCCUAACCAUGAGAAGCAGACUAUAAUAUUCAUAUUUAAACAAAGCAAUUUUUUUUAUUACUAAACAAGGUUUUUAUGAAUAAUAGCAUUGAUAUAUAUAUAUAUCACCCUUUAGAUCUUGAUUUUCUUGGUCAUUUCUCAACCCGAGGUGCAUAGCAUAUUCCCACAUUCCAUUUUGGUAGCAAUAUGCAGCCCGAAUGCAUGCAUUCAGAUUCCAUUUGGCCAAGUCAACUUGUGUGCUACUGAACUGUCAGCUACAACAGCUGCCCUGGUAGGUAGGGAGUUAGCCGAGAUGUUUGCUUUCUGAUCGAUGUUUCCAAAGACACCACCUUGGAUGCUGACGUGGAACAGCGUUUUCUCAAAGUAACAAAAAAAAUCUGGGGGAUAAUAUACUAACCGCGUAGAUCAGACAGUGGAAUAAAAGGUGCUCCUUCAGGUCAACCUUGCUGAUCGUAUUUUGUGUGGAGUCACAUUUAAAAAAAAAAAAGUAAAUAAAAACCAACACAAAUGCAUGGAGCUAUUCAGAGCAUUGAAGCUUAAGAAUUCCGACUUGGAUUUUCAGUCCGUUUUUAUACGUGGACUCCUGCCUGCCCUUCUGAACUGUAGGGACUGACAACCACUGGUCUAUUUGCUUUUGGGACUUUUUGAAAGCCUUCAUCUGGAUGUUGCUCACUUUCUUGGUCUGGAUUACGAGCUGUUCCCUUCGCGGGAGGAAAAAAAAAACACACAAACAAUGCUCUCUAAGCAGUGCUUUGAUUUAGCUGGAGCACAUGUGAAGUCAAACUCUUACUUUGUCAUAGUUUUUGAAACUGCUGCCCUUUAAUGGCUUCAAGUUUUGCUUUUUCUCUUGCUUGAAGUAUGGUUAAACACCUCGCAAACACCUCUGUCCCCUAGGAGGGUUCUCUGACCAGAUGGAUUAGCCUUGCUGAGAGCUUCAGAUCCACGAAGAUUGGCCCAUUGGCUGUAGUCCACGAAUCCGUCGGCACUGAUUUUAUUUUCCUUUUUUUUUUCCCCCUUCUGCACCAGCUUGGUAGCCAUCUGCUUGUGUGUGUACAACAGGAUUAAAAAUUUCUUAAAGUUAACAAAGAAUAUGAUCUAGAAAAAAAAAUUGAGAUGAAUAAAAAAAGACUAAAAGCACCAAUUGAGGAAGCAAGUGAAUCUGCUUGUUUUGUUGUUGUUUUUUUUUCUUCCUUUCAGGACACUUCUGUAUGAAACGUUUGAUUUAUCUUGGUGUCUUUCAGCGAGCUGAGAUUUUUGUUACGAUGCUACAAAACCCGAUAUAGCAAAUGUCUACCUGGGAUGCUGGUAUACUUGAACUCGGAUAACUGUGUGUUGGAGGUUUGAACUAAGAUGGAUUUCCAAUCAGAAUGUUGAAUGUUACCUGCUGUAUUUUGGGGGGUUUCUGAGGGGUUUGGACAAGAUUAUUUUCAUUUGUGGUGCAACCUACAGCACAGUGCAUGGAAAUCGACCCACCCUGUGCAACUCUCGAGCGGAGUUUUGGAUGUCAGAUUGGGACAUUUUCCUUUUCCCAGAAGUGUUUUUUUUUUCUUUAGAAAUGCCACCAAGCUUCGAGUCAGUGGGGUUGGAAGGUUACAAUCCUCUUUCGAAUUCAUAAAGCACAAUCAAUUUUUUUUUUGUUGUUUUGGAGAAAAAAAGAAACGACUCGUACCAUUUUGCUUUAGCAUGAUUUUCCUUAAUAAAAAUAUACAAAGAA